AUGACAGAUUCAGACCCAGAACCAUCGCGCGUUCAGAGUCUGAGGACAUAUGGAAAGCGUCGACAGAGCCCCACUUUGAAUCCUGAGACAUACAGUGUUGGGCCUGAUGAAGGAUCUUUGGAAAAUGAUACUCCAGGCUUUCCAGUGGUUUCCGCAAGCGCAGACGAAGAGGCUUCCGACAGCACCAAUUACCAUUGGAAAGCAAUGCUCACCCGGAUAGAUGCAGGGAAAGAGGAUGGAAAGCUGCUGUUUCCUGUUUCGUCCUCUUCUGGCUUUACCAGGGCACUUACUCCCUUAACGGAUGAGCACACAACCCCCUUGCUGCCAGAUUCCGUUGAGGAAACCUUGCCUGUCAUACUCAAAUCCGUACCUGUUCCUUUAAGUGGGCCUGACCAGGGCUCGAACAUCCUCAUUAAUGCUUCUAUCGACCUUCCUGUUGCGCCACCUACCCACAAUGACCAACCUGAGCCUUCCGACGCAGAGGUAGGAUCGGGCUCGAGAGAGUGCAGGGAAGGAAAGAAAAAAAAUAACCCACGUCUUACGAAACAAGAGAGACUCGAAAUGGAGAAAGAAACUGCUCGAGUUAAAGCGGCCCGACGCGUGAUGAUGCAGGAUCCGCAGACCGAGUGGAAGCCUUUGCAACGCCCGAUGACUGCCUGGGAGCUCCCUUCGAACGUUGCCGCGUCCGAUCCCGAUGCGAUUGAGCUAUUCACCUCUUCGCCUUCAUCCAAGUCUGAGCAGUACUCGUCCAUUGCUUCGAUAGAGGGAUUAGUGGUUCCUCAUAGACAUAAUGAGCUGUCAUCCGUGUAUAGACGGCAUGCAUCUUACUGCGCUCCGCGGCAAACAUCACCUACACGAAGCCCUUUCCGAAAACUCCCCGACCUAAAAACCAAGCUACUUGACGCAUCAGACUCAGAAUCCGACAAUCCUCCUUCAGUGGAGGAGGUGAUAGCACAAAGUAACCGAAAAUCACUGGAAAAGAAGAACGUUCAGAACGCGCGGAAACUCAAGUUGGAGGCGAUGGAUAAGAUCAAGGCAGCACCGAAGCCUCCAGAUGACGAUGACGACCUUGAAAUUGAACCUGCACCUGUCCUUGCAGUGCUAACAGCCAAGGGCUCAAUGCCGAACGCACUAAGGAAGUCAACGUUAAGGUCGGCGCGACAAUCUCUUCUAUUGCACCCGUCGAGACCCUCCACGCCGCAACCAAUCAAAAGACAGGAAAACCCUUUCGCUGAUCUAUUUGCGAUGGCCCAAAGUGAAUCUACCAAGUCGCGAGCAGCCAAGGAACAGGAUUGGGUGGCUCGUGGUGGCCAACUUGUGGAUGCGGGGAAGUUCUCGGGACGACAUAUCGUACAAGUGCUGGAGCAAUCUACAAGAAAACUUGAUUCAGUAGACUCUCUUGCGGAUGGCGACAGUGAAGAUGAUGCUCAAGACGAGGACUUCGUGCCCGGUGAGGCUUAUCAACCUCUUGAGUUGGAUGCCCCAAGUGAUAUCGGAGGGUCUCCUGAGGCGCGGAAUAUCGAGCCUUCGCGGAGCAACCAAUUAUCAAUGUCGACAUCAUCGUCGCAUCCAUCCAUAGCAACAAAUACUUUUGACGACACGGACAUUGAUGAGGCUGCAUUAAUUUCGUCUUCUCUUGCCACUUCUGUGUCAGAUGGGGAGGGGUCGCCUGUAAUCAGCCGCAAGCGACGAAUAAAGCGGACUGUUGGCAGUGACGAUGAAGAGGAGACCAGAGUUGUAGACCCCCAAGUUUCUGGUAGUUCAAACCGCUCCGUGGAUUCUGACGCUGAGAACCAACUUCCGAGUGCAAAUGGGUCCGAUGUGGAAAACGCAAUUCCUCCCAAGAUUGGCCGGGUUUCUUCUAUGUUCUCGGAGACUGAGAAGAGAGGGCCUCUACAACCCCUCGCAUCCUUCCUGUCCUUUCCGGGUUCUCCCCGUGGCUCAAGACGUGCUAGCUCAAGCAUUUUCUCUUCACCCUCAUCCCAACCCCGACCCCAACCCCUGGCUGAACGACCCAUGCAACACGAAGAGCCAGACGAUCCACAAUUCGGCGAAAGUGAUUUUGGCUUCGGUGGCAUGUCUCAACUUUUCUUAACGCAAAAACCGAGUUCUACACAACCGACCGAAACGAAGUUCCGUUCCAAUGAUCUUGACUUGGCGACCCAGCCAUCCGGCUUGCUGCCUGCACUUAAUAUAUCGAACACACAGCGAAAGCGUAACGACGAAUUGCUCAUGCAUCAAGAAGAGGAUGAUUUGGUAUUAGCAAGGUCCACCCACAUGCAACCACGCCCGAACGAAAACAGAUCCUUUGACUCACUCUCAUUGUCUUGGACUCAGCUAUCGCCCGAGAGGAUGGAGGAACUCAGUAAUACUCAAAGGCUUUUGAGUGAUGGACCCGGUUCAUCAGCGAAUUCCAAGCUCUCCCUGUCCCCAAGCACACCCACCAAACGCGGGAAAGUAGUUCGAGGCCGCGAAAAUGUAUCGCCUACGCCAAGCCCCGCUUCCCCGCCGCGAUCAUUGUACCGAUCACCCUUAGCCGGGAGUGUGAAAGCCCGUGGUCCCCCACGCGAUGCCUUCCAAAUGUUACUGGCCCCUAAGCCCCGUACAGUUCCUGCGGUUACAAAGGAAGAAAUCGACCGGUUUUAUGAAGGGGAAGCAGAAGAGUCUGAUGACGAGGCUCCCUUCGGGCUUCCAGUCACCACCCAGGAUGAGGACGACGAUGAGGCCGACGGUGAAGAAGUCGUUAAAGAACUUGUCGAUGAUCGCGAGAUGAACGAAGAAACGGAAGCCAGACAGCUGGUUUACGAAAAACACCAGGAGCUUGAGAAAGUUGAUGACGAGAAGAAUUUGAAGAUUGCGCAAAAUGCGGUCGACGGAAAGUUUAGAGCUGGGACAAAACGUAGACGACGUGGUAUUGAUGGUGCAGGCAGCGAUAGUGAUGGCAGCGACGACGAAGUGGUCCGCCGUGCGAAGCCACCCAAGAGGAGGAAUAUCGCCGGUGAUACUUUACCUGACUUAGCCAAGGAUCCAGCCACGCUUCCAUUCUUUCAGGCAUAUCAAAGUGGUAUCUUGGCUGAUGAUAAUGACCUCUUGCCAUUGGCCGAGGAGAAACCUGAAGAAAGCGAAUCAGAGGACGACGAUGAGCAAGAUUCGCAACAAUAUAUCGGGACUGGGGAGCUUGAGAGGAAAAUCCGAGAGAAAGAGUGGCUUGAGAAACCCAACGCUGUCACGGACCCUGACGAUAUCUCCUGGCUUGUUGAGCGGGAAGAUUCGCAGAUAUUCGAUGUUGACGACGUUGUGACAGUUUCACCAGCUAAACGUCCUAUCCCGGUGGUCAGCGGCGGCGAUAUCGACCAAGAGCUACACCUAAGGCGCCAUAAUGAGUCUCAACCUAUUACCCCACAAGAAGAGAACGAAUCAACCUGGUCUGGGCCCCAGCAAUUGCAAGCUGCUUCUCGCGGACCUAGAGGUGGGCAUUUUGCGCCCAAGAACCCUCGGCCGUCCACCGCUGCAGCUGUGUCGAAGAAGACGACAAUUGGCCCUAAUUCCACGUCACAUGGACUAAGAAAGACGGAGAGCAUGCUAAAGUCAUCUCUUUUCAAGAAGGGCUCCGGAUUUGAGUGA